AUGCAUGCUUCCGAGCCGACGGCAGCAAGGAACGUGUCUGCAUACAGCCCUCAGCAGCACCAUACCCACGACGGCUCGUCACCAACCAAGCCGCGAGGAAGUGACGAAGAGCCGUCGCCUUAUUCCAUGUUUCGCCGCCACUCUGCCACUCAAAUCCAGCGCUCACGACACCGGCCGCGCCGAAACCGUGUGAUGCGCCCCAUGUCUUUGGCGCCAUUAUCGGAAUGGAGUCUACUGGACCGGGUCUCGAAUCGGAUCCGCGGCCAGGUCCCAGCGGCUCUGUGGCAGAUGACUUGCGAUCGUUUGUGGCGUCUAUGGCCAUCGUCUGAUCCACAAGUCUGGCUCAUGGGCGAGUUUUACGGCACACCAGAGCCAAGCAGCUCCGUCUCUCGCUCGAGUGCUAGUGAUGCAUCAUCAAGCAUGAGCGAGCACACGUCUCAUUCCACGGGCCGCGAAGUGCAAGCCGACCUGGAUUGCAGCAUUGCAAGCCUCGUCUGGUGUACGUACCGCAGCAACUUUGCACCUAUACCCAGCGAAGAUACCGCUUCAGCAGCAUCAGAAGUGCUUUCGACGUCGUCCUAUUCCCCCGAUACCCCGUCGACCGCGACGGCUGUCGAUUCGAGUCACCAGUCCGACCCAAGUGCCAAAGAGACGCCCUUAUGUCCAUCACAAAUGCACUCGUCUCAGCAGCCCAUAUCGGAUCAUCAGCCUGUCUCGACGCUCCUGUCGCUCGUCGAGGCGGUACUCGGCUCCUCCGAUACCCUGCCGACGUCCGUCACCUGGCUCGCACACCAACUCAAAGCGCGUGGCUGGGAGCUCCUCGCGUCGCAUGGUGUGCCGUAUACCUCGCCGACAGCGCACACGGCAUUUCCGGGUGUAUGGCACAGUGUGCAUGCUGUCUUUCAGCACAUUCUCUCAUUGACACAUCGGACAUGUUUCACAAGCGACGUGGGCUGGGGCUGCAUGCUUCGUUCUGUUCAGAGCAUGUUGGCCAAUGCGUUGAUUCGUGUGCAUCUCGGGCGUCACUGGCGCCGACGCGCGAAGCAAAAGACACAUCCACAAUACGCACGAAUUUUGUCUUGGUUCAUGGACGACCCAAGUCUCGAGUGCCCCUUUAGUAUCCACCGGCUCGUUGAUGAAGGCCAACGUCUUGGCGUGCAGGCAGGCGACUGGUUCGGGCCCAGCACCGCAGCAUUUGCAUUGUGCAAGCUUAUUCAAGCGUACGACGCAUGCGGCCUGGGCGUCGUUGUGACGAACGACGGCAUGCUGUACAAGGAACAGGUCGUCGCCGCCUCGUUCGCCCCUGGACGCAGUGAUCCAUGGACACGGCCUGUGCUGAUCCUUCUUGUCCAGCGACUGGGAUUGGAUCAGGUGCCGCCCCACUAUCGCCCUGCUCUCAAACAGUCUUUUACGAUGCCACAGUCUGUUGGCGUUGUUGGCGGUCGGCCGCGGUCAUCCCUGUACUUUGUCGGUGUGCAGCGCGAACAUCUGCUGUGCCUGGACCCACACCAUGUUCGGCCCUGUGUGCCAUUCCGCUCGCCGCCGAGGAUGACCAGGGCCAGCGUCGGCGCAUCGACCGACCUGGCCAGCACUGUGUCCCCUUGGUUUGAGGAGGCGUAUACGGCAGAGGAGCUCGACAGUUUCCACACGCCCCAUACAUCGUUGCUGCCCAUCUCGCAGAUGGACCCAAGCAUGCUGUUGGGCUUUGUAUGCGAACAAGCAAGUGAUCUGAUAGAUCUUCAAGCACGGAUCGAAAGUUCGGAGACGCGACUCUUUGACGUCGCCGACAACAUGCCCAGCUAUUACCGCCUGUCUAUGAGCAUGGGUGGUGAGGGUGAGGGUGAUGAUGAUGACAAUCAUAGAACUCACAAAGCAGAAGAUGGUCAUAGCGAUCGAGUGGCUGCGCAUUCUGGCGUGGGCGACAACGUAGAUGACAGCGGGUGGACGAUGGCCUAA